AUGGGAGGUCGUCAUUCCGCACCGCAGGCAGCGCCUGCCGCGCCUGCGCCCACCACAGCGGCGCCCGGCGCGCCGCCCGCAGCGCCGCCGCCCAAUGUGCCACCGCCGACCGUAGGUUACAUAAUCCUGACCGAGAUCCUGUUCGCGCUGUCUGUUGGGCUGCCGAUCGGCAUGCUGGCCAUUGUGGACCAGCACCUGACCUCCAAGCCCUUCACCUACACAGGCACGGAGCUGCCCGCGGCAUAUCAGAAUCGGACGUUCAACAUCGAAUUGGUGGGUGACUUCAACUUCACCGCUGUCGGGUUCCUCUGGUGGCUGGCCAUGGCCAUUGUGUUCUCAGUCUGGGCCAACGCCAGCAACACGGCCGGCAACGACGGCUACAACUGGCGCAACGUGUACUGCUUCUUUGCCUGGGUCCUCGUCAUCGCGUUUGGCGUUAGCAGCAUCUUAGCCCUCAUCAUGCUCAGCGAGCGCCUGCAGCGCCGCGCGUUUGGCCCGCGGCCGCCCAAGAAGAAGAAGGAGCGGAAGCCCAAGCACGACAAGCUGCCCGUGACCAAGCCCAACAACCACCACCCCGCCGCCCCCGCCGCCGCUGGCGCGGGCACCGGCGCUGGCGCCAGCGCCGGCGCCGCGGCAACCGCGUCGCACGCCACCGUGCCGGCCAACGGCGCGCCGGCCGCCGCGGCGCCAUCUGGCGGCGCGUGGCCACAAACAGGCGCGGGGCGUGCGGCGUCGCCCGCGGGCGCGGGGCCGGGGGCGGUGGCGGGUCAUAUGAAGUGCAUUCUAUGUUGA